UACCUAUCGGCCAACAACCGAAACAUUUACACCUGUUCCUACCUGUAAACCAUUUCUACCUGAACGGCAAAGGUGGGGAAGUCACGUGACCGCUCGGAGAAUUAUUUUUUACGUAAAAAGAAGCAAAGCCGCGCCUCCGAACCGACCAGUAGACGGCAGUUUUCAACGAUCGCAAACGUAUUUUCUUCGCAUUUUCGUAUUUUUUGCACGAUUUUAGUGAUUUUUCGUGGUAAACUUGGUGAAUUUUAGAAAUUAGUGCGCCAUUUUUGAGUGUUAGUGGCGAUUUUUGAAAAUUUUAAAGGAGAAUCCUAAGUGGGGAUAGAAAUAUUUUUUUGGUUUGGUGAUAUGGUGAUCUGUUAAAAGAAAAUGUACGUUUCGGUGACUUUUUUUCUCUCAAUUUUAUUAUUCGUUCCUGGAAGAUCGCAAUGGAGUUCAGAAAAUGUGUUAGAAAAUCAAAAAUUCGAUGUUCAAUCGGACCCACAUAGAAAUUAUCCAGAAAAUUAUCCGCAAAAUCAUCCAGAUAAUUAUCCACAAAAUUAUCCAAAUAAUUAUCCACAAAAUCAGCCAGAUAAUUAUCCACAAAAUGACCCUGAAAAUUAUCCAGGAGCUCAUCAAGGAUUUUAUUCAGGAUCAAAUCAUGUAGAGAACGAUGAGAAAAAUCAUGAAUCUUACCCAGAUAAUGGGGAAAAUCGUCCAAUUUUAACAGAACACCCUGGAGGGACAUUAUUAGAAGACACAUUGUAUUUUACAAAAGAAAAAAGUCCGUAUUUGGUGCGAAGUGAUUUGAUUGUUGAAAAAAAUGCUCGUUUGGUGAUAGAGGCAGGAGUUGAAGUUAGAUUUGAACCUCAAACGGGAAUAACAGUUCUUGGAGUUUUAAACGCUGUGGGAACUGACAAUGAGAGAAUAACCUUAACAACAACACAAGAUGCGUCAUCUAGAACGAUUUCAACACCGGAUAUCCGUUUAAUUGAUGGUCCAAGUAUUUUAGCUGGGAGAGUCCAGUUAAAACAUUAUGGAGUGUGGAGAAGCGUUUGUACAAAUUCGAAAAAUUGGACUUUAUCGGAUAUGGAAACCGCUUGUAGACAACUCGGUUUUCAAGGCGGCUCUUUCUAUAACUGGUUCAAUCGCCAGAUGCCAUUAAAACCCCGCCUGUUAUACGAAGAACCUCGCUGUCGCGGCUCUGAAUCCAACAUAAUUAACUGCAACUGGAAUUCGCGUCAAAUGGGCUCCGGUGUUUGCGACUAUCAUCCCGAUCUUGCCAUUCAGUGUCUUCCAAGACACGAUCAACCUCUCCCAUAUUGGAGAGGUCUCCGAUUCGAAAACGCAAUUUCCGAUAAAGUAUUAGCUGUGGAUAACACAUUACGAGUUCCUUAUUCUUUAUCUCGAUUGCAAUACGUUACGAUUAAGUACGCGGGAAAUGGAGGAUUUCAUAACGCCACUAGUGCCAUUGAAGUUAUGGGAAUUCCCCCGAUUAUGGAUCGAGUGGAUGUUAUGGAAUCCGCUUAUAACGGAAUUAAUAUAACUUUGCCCGAUGGCGGAUUUGAAAUAACUAAUUCAAGAAUAACCAGGAAUCGAGGAUACGGAGUUUUUAUCAAUUCAACUUAUGGUUUAGCUAAAUUAGAUAAUUGCGUGAUAAGUGAAAAUGGUGGUGAUGGAGUUAGAUAUGUUCAAUCCGAAGAGAGGCCCGAUGAAAAGUUCGAUGGUCAAGAUAAAUACGAUGAUAUGUGUAUUUCGGCUACAACUUCGAGUCAAACUUAUCCGGUUCACUUUUUCGUACAGCAAUCGAUUUUUGCCGGGGCGAAAACGUGUUCAAAAAGUUUCCAAACAAAAUAUGGGCAUUUUAUUACUUUAAAUUUUUUGCGAGCCGAAACUGAUCGAAAUAACAGCGCCUUAAUUGAAAUUUACGAUGGUUCCUCUAUAAAUCGAAGACUUCUUACAAGUUUUAAUAUCAGAAACAACACUCGUCCCCAAUCCGUAACCAGCAUUAGCAAUCAAAUGUAUAUAACUUUUAAAGCGGAGGAGCGAACAAAAAUGUUUAUGUACAUGAGAUUAUUAUCGGGGUAUCAAAAAACGUACGAUUUAAACGUUAGCCGAUCGGAUAUUUCUGAAAAUAAUGGAAGAGGUGUUUUGGUGGACAACUUAAAAUCGAUGGUUCAUAUUUAUGAAUCGACAAUUUCUAAAAAUUCGCACGGAUUUCAUGUAACAAGUGGAGUUGGAAGCAUUAAUGUUACCCAAAGUAGGAUUUCUUUUAACGAAGGCGAUGGGAUUAAUAUAACUUAUACCGGAGGAAGCAGAAACAUUUCUAAAUCAUCGAUAAGCUCCAACGAAGGAUAUGGGUUAGCGAUUUGGUUAAAUCAAACCGAAGAAACCGAGUAUAUUUAUUUAAAUCAAUCCUCAGUGGUGCAAUAUUCCGACUUUGUAAAAAAUUUGGAUAUCGGCGUCCUCCACGGGAAUUUUUGCGGCGAAGCCAACGUAAACAUCACCGGAAAUAAUUUCAGCUCAAAUCAAAACGAUGCUUUCGAAAUCUUAUCUUGUUGGAUCCCAACAAAUAAUUCUUUAAAACUUCAAAUCGGCCACAACUAUUUUAUUUCCAACGAAAAAAUUGCGGUGAAAAUUUACCCCGCUCUAAACAUCGACGGAAAAAUCGAAUUUAACUACUUCAAGAAAGGUUUAUUCGGCGCUUUAUUAAUCAAAAAUAAGCCACUUGAGGAAUUUAACAUUUUAAAAACUCAAUUUUUGGUGACCCAAAAUUAUUUUUUACAAAACUCGGGGGCUUUCGCUGUAAAUUUGGCUCUAUCGCCGUAUUCGCAAUAUCAAUAUUUAUUGUUUAAGCGAAACUUCGUUAAAGAUAACAACAUCACCGAACCGUUUAUUUCGGAAGAUUCAACGUCUUCUUUAAAUCCGCGGAGUAGAGUCGCAGCUCCGAUCGUAAUUGGUUCAAGUAACGUCGAUGUUUUUCGGAAUAUCAUUGAGAAUCCUCUAUCGAAAUACGAAAUUGGGAGUCAAGUUGAAGAUCAAAGUAAAACUAUUAAUUGUACUUUUAAUUGGUUGGGGUCGAAUCGCGAGCAACACAUUUUUAAUCGCAUCUUCCACAGAAAUGAUCGUUACAGCUUAGCUAAAGUACACUUUGUGCCUUAUUUAUUACACAAUUCGAAUCCGUUAACCGAUAAGGUUUAUUACAACCAAAUGUAUGUGCAUUUAUUUAUAACUCAAGAUUCCUCCAUUGUUGGUGGUGAGAUUGAAGGCGAAGAGAUUUUAACUCCCGGGGAUUACACCGUGGAGAAAGAUAUAAAUAUUCGCCCGGGUGGAAAAUUAAUAAUCGAACCCGGAGUUACGUUAAGAUUCCCUCCUUCUAUUGGAAUCAUGAUUGGGGGGAAAUUAGAAGCAAGGGGAAUCGAACCUGAUAGUAUUUUAUUCACUUUAAAAGAAGAAUUAUCUUUUGCAAACACCUCCUAUGAAAUUCAAACUGAAACGGGAAUCGAAAACACCGACAUAAAUCAUGAAACAGAAAUAGUUUCGAUUGAAUCACAAAAACCAUUACGAUUAUUAGGGGGGAAAACCGAAUACGAAGGUCGAUUACAAAUAAAAAUUAAUAACGAAUGGGGGACUGUUUGUAAUUAUGGUUGGACGAUUAAAAACGCCGCUUUGGUGUGUCACCAAUUAGGUUUAGCCUUAAAUCCUAACGAUUGGAAUUUAGAACGAAAUGAAAUUCCUUCAGCUGGAACAAGCGAAAAUGUGAUCCUAUCGAAUGUGCAAUGUGAAGAUUUCGAUGUUGAUAUAACAAAAUGUCGGGCCGAGCAGAGAUUGGAGUUUGAAAAUUCUUGCACGCACGAUUCGGAUGUUGGAAUACGAUGUUAUCCGACUUCUUGGGCUGGAGUUCGAUUCGGGGUUUUAGCGGAGCGCUCAAAUUUGCAGUUUAUCACAAUCGAAAAAUCGGGAUUGUUGGAUUACGCGACGAACUCAUUUAAACCAGCCCUUCAAAUGGAUUUUGCUAAACAUAACUUUGAAAAUAUCCGAAUAAGAGAUAAUUUCCACGAUGGUUUAGGAAUAAUGUAUUCGGAUAUUUACACGGAAGACUCCGUUAACGUUGUAAAAGACUCGGAGUUUAUAAAUAAUAAAGGAGCGGGAAUUAGUUUUAAACAAUUAGGUUUAAAAGUUUAUGGGAGUUUAAUCGAAAAGAAUUUUAUUGGAAUCGAACAUAACCCGGCGUUAUCCGGAUUGCAACAAAGAGAAUUAGCGGGGUGGUUCACGAGUAAUGAACCAGAAAUUAAUUAUAAACCGAUUUAUAUUCCACAUUACAACGAUGCGAAUCAAAUUAACGUCGAACAAGGAGAAACUAAGUAUAUCGUAACUUCCCAAAUUAUAGGGGAUGAAAUUAAUAGGACUUACCGUAUAAGAUGCACCCCAGGAUUCGUUAUUGGGAUCCAAUUGUUAAAUCCCAUCGCAAAUAGAAGCACGGAAAACGUUUUAAUUCGAGACACCUUAUUAGAUAAUUUUAACCCCAUCAAUUCGAAUCAAAUUAAAUCGGAUAUUUGGAGUUUAAAACGCGAUUUAACAGUUUUCCCAACGACUUCAAGCAGCCCGGGAAUUAUUUUGGAAUAUUCGAGCGGGGGUUAUUCUUUGGGGGGAACUGUAAUUGUUUUGAGCGCUAUAAGAGCACCAGUUCAAAACGUUUAUAAUAAAAUAGUGAAAGGGCCGAUUCCUACGACAGUUAUAAAUAACAGCAAAAUUAAAAGCAACACUUACGGGAUUUUUGUUUCUUACUACAACAGAUACUUAAACGAACUUGGAGACCACUUCUUAAGAAAAUCGAAUGAAAGCUUAAAAAUCAUUCAAUCAGAAAUUUCUCACAACACAAGAGAAGCCAUGUUUGUUCAUUCCCCGCAUUGGGAUCUCCAUAAAAGUAAUAUCUCCGAGAUUGUUUUUAUGAUAAAUAAUUCCCUCAUUACCGAUAACGGCGCGGGGAUUUAUCAUUUCUCGAGGGAUAUGCGAGCUUCAAAUAAUUUAUUCCAUUACAUUUUACAAGACGACACGAUCGAACGAAACUUCGCCGGCGGUUUUCACAUAAAUCUCCCGUACGUUUGGCAAUACAACGAAAAUUUCACCCACUCCGUUUACAUGAACAACAACACUUGGAGGCACAACUCAAAUUUCAACAUAAUAAUCGACGGCCAUUUCGCUUUAGUUAACAUAACGAAAAGUUUAUUCCUCGAAAACACUUGUAAAAACACUUUAUUAUCGAUGCGAGGAAUGGAAAAAAAGAUGUUAAUCGAUUUUAAUAAAAUGGAAUCAAAUAAUGGGAAAUACAUCAUCGAUUUCAGCACGGAUUCCCAAUCGGAGAUAAUCGGGGAAGUCCCCGCUAAAUUUAUUUUUAACGAACUCACUAAAAAUCGAUACUUUUCUAUGCUAAGGGGGGUGUUCCAACAAAGAGAUAUGCCGAGUAGCGUCGUUAAUUUUAAAGGAAUCCAAAAAGUUAACAUCAACCGAAAUUUAUUCUCCGACAACAACUUAGAAUAUCAAUUAAUCGCAGGAAUCAAAACGGCCAAAAUCAACAAUUUCCUCGACGUCACCGAAAAUUGGUGGGGAACCAACGAAGAAGAAAACAUAAAACACACAAUCUUCGAUUUCGAUGAUUGGAACAAUCACGCCAUCGCCAAAUUUAAACCGUACCUAACCGAUAAUAAUUUCGAGGCAAGUUUUUCAACAGCAAUCGAAUCCGAAAAUCCCAUAAACUUCGAUUUCUUAGGUGGUAGAUUAAACGAAAAUUUAACGAUUACUUUACGAGAAACCCCCUACACCAUUAAUUCCGACAUAACGGUAAUGCCAAAAACGACACUAACAAUUAAUCCUGGAGUUACGUUAGAAUUCGCCCCAAAUGUAGGAAUUUUAGUUCUUGGGACAUUAAAAGCGGAAGGUUUUAAAGGGGCAGAAAUCACGUUAAAACCACUUCGCCGCACGGGAAAUUUAAAACACAACAUCGACAAGCGUCAAUUAGAACAUUUCGAAAUGGGGAGUACAAUAAGAUUAUGCCAAGGACAAGAUUGCCAUUUAAACUCCGAAUUUAAUAACGAAGGAUUUUUAGAGUACUUCAACAAAACAACUUUGCAAUGGAUUCCGAUGUGCGAUCCAAGAUUCACCGAAAGAAACGCGCAAGUUGUUUGUAGAGAACUCGGUUUCGAUCAUUUAAACGCAUUUUUCGAUCACGGAAUUCGAAUCGAAUUUCAUAGCAAUUCCUUGUCGCGAAUUUGGUCUUGGCCUCAACCUCUACAAUGCAAAGGUACCGAGUCGAGAUACGAUGAUUGCCCAAUACGGUUAAACGGGCAACAAUACGGGCAUAGACACGAAUGUAAAUGGAACUCAAAAUUCGUUUUUAUUUAUUGUGGCCAAAGAAAUAUGCACCCAGGAUUAGAAUAUUGGGGAGGUGUUAGAUUUGCAAAUUCCGAAUUCGAACAACAUCUUUACGAACAUAGAAUUCAUGAUAUAAACACUCACGAAACGGGACAAACCGAAGAAUCAACGUUAAGAUUCGUGAAUAUUAUCGGAGCGGGGAUUUUGCAUAACGAAAAAUCACCAGCCAUUCAGAGUAUUAUUAAAAGUCCAUCAAUAAGUUAUGUUAACGUUCAAAACUCGGCUUCGCACGGUAUUAAUUUAAUAUCGCCAUCGAAUACAAUGAAUUUAGUUUCGAAUAAAGUUAAUACUUCUUUGGGUGUUGGAUUAAAUAUUUUAUCGAUAACCGGAGAAGGAAGGGAAUCGGAUGAAAGUAGUUUUGCCCCAAUAAAAGACUUAAAUAUACCAUAUCAUUUAUUCGGAUUGGUUGACAUUUGCGAUACAACAAAAGAAAUUAUCGUGGAAGAGCGCGUUUUGGUUUAUUAUAAAUACGAUAAUCAUCCUGUAAAUUGCGUGAAAAUCUUUAGGAGUGCCUAUAACAUAAAACCUUUCGGAUUUAGAUUGCUUCAGUUCAACCUUUUUAAUUCAACGAAUAAAUACGGAAUCCCCGAUUUUAUACAAUUAUACAAUGGGGACAUCUACAACGUUACUUCAACGGUAAUUGGAAGAUUAACCACAGAUUCACAAGUUGAGAAAAAAUUGUUUAAAACCCAAUUACCGAGUCUUAGCAUAAAGCUUUUCGCAAACGGUGCAUCAUCAAGUCAUGGAUUCAUCGCUGAAGUUGUAACUUUACCUAUUUCUGCAAUUGGAUUUAAUCGAGAUGUACAACACAACAUCACUAACAGUAUAUUCCAGAAUAAUCGUGAAGGUGGGAUGAGUUAUAUUUCGGCUGGAGAAGUUAAUCCUAUAAUAACAGUUGAUAAGAAUCAAUAUAGAGGAAAUUGCCAAAAAUUGUAUGGAAAUUUUUCGACGUGCAAGUCCUCUAUUGAUAUAGAUGUUCAAAAUACGCAAACUUUAUACUUUAGGAAUAACUUAGUGGAUUCCAACCAAGGUGGGCUCUCAAUUAGAGCUGAUUCGAGAGGUUCCGCAACCUCCCUAAAAGGUUACGUCCAUAAUAAUCUCUUCGUGAACAACACAAACCGCCCAGCAUUACAUGUCGAAGGUCGACAAUCGUCUCCGUAUCAGGAAGUCACGAUUUACAGGAACUACUUCACCAGGAAUUAUGCUCUGUACGAAAGCAACAUCGUGUUAAAGCAGGUUGUUUCUAAUUUUACGUGGAAUUACGUUAAGAGAAACGUGGGACUUCACAAUCUGGUCGUUUCGGGUUUCGAUAAAGUUCGAUUGCCGAUUUACCAAACAACUACGCAUAAUGGUUUUUAUGAUAAUUUCGCUGUUUUACGUGAGAGCCGCUCAACUAUUGUCGCUGGAACUGCUGGCCAACACUACGUUGACAACAUUUUCUUCAAUCCCGACAAUGAUUACGAAAUGAUCACAGUCAAUAAAUCACUAUUUGAGUUUAACAGUACUUUGGAACUGUGGAAAACCAAGAUUGACGCGAGAUACAACUUUUGGGGAUUCAACACCACUCCAGCUGUAACUGGAAGAAUCAAAGAUUAUUCUGAUGAUGCGAGAUUAUUGGAAGUGGACUACAUUCCUUUUCACUUCAACAACAAAUCUAUAUUAAACGGGAAAUGUCCACCAGGUUGGGAGUUAGUCGGUGAUACUUGUUACACUUAUAUUGGUGCACCAAUGAACUUUUACGAGGCGAGAGAUUUCUGCCAAAAAGAUAACGCCACGAUGCCUUAUCUAAUUGGAAACACCAAUUAUUACAUUUUGUAUGAUUUCCUAAGAAAACAGCAGCAAUGGUUUUUGUAUUCCGAUAAAGUUUGGGUGCAACACAUCGAUCGCAUAAAUCAAUGCACUCAAUUUGCUUACCAUACAAUCGAAUUGGGAGAUUGUUUCGAACGAAAUCCGUUUAUUUGCGAAAUCGAUCCUAAAGUUUUUAUCCAGCCAUUAGUAUGGCAGGGAGAUGCUUUAUUAAUAGCGAUAAUUUGCACGAUCGCUGGUUGUAUUUUAUUAUUAAUACUCGUAGCCGUUUGUUGGUGGAGCAAAUCUAAGUAUCGCCAAACUCAGCGGUUUGAAAGAAGAAGCAGUAUUAGAAGAAGUUUGCAAUCUUUGAAAUCGGUUGGAACUGUUAAUGGAUUUUCAGAUCCUGGGUAUAGAAGAAGAAUGGGACAAUUAAGUACAAGAUCAACAGAUACCUUAACAAAAAAUUCUGAUUACAAAAAAAUGAUAAGCGAAGGAUCAAUAGACAGCAUGGAGAAAUCCGCUUAUACUUCAACAAUUGAUGAUAAUCAAUCUUACGAAAUCUACGCAGCUCACAACCCAAACACUUCCUUUAAUCAAGUGUAUAAACCCGAAACUAACCAAUACGCUCAACCCCAAUUUAAUUUAGCCUUCAAAAACGAAGGUUUUAAAGAUAACUCUACGUUUGCGAGUAACUCAAAUUAUCAAUCGCGAGCUGAAAGCGUCCAAGAUGGAAACACAAACGAGGAAACUCCGAUUAUUCACUCACAAGAUCCCCAAACUAUGUCGUAUCCACCGAGUGAAUAUUACACAACGGAUACGCUUCCUUUAAGUGACUCAUCAGGAUCGAGUUUGAAGAACAGAAAAAAUGAUUCAAAUAUAUACACCCAACCGAAAAUCAACUAUUUGGAAGAAUUAAAUAAGAAGUUACCGAAACAAAGGGAAAAAUUGCCGGAUCCUCCACCUGAUAAUCAAGAUCACGAACAUCAUUAUGCAAGGAGCUCGAGUUAUUCACCAGAUUUGCAAGGUUUUGAAGAGAAGAAAACGAAAAAUCGAUCGAAAUCGGAAGCUUUGUUAGAAACCGAUUUUGAUUACUAUGAGCCAGAUGAAUUGAUCCAAAAUCAUCCUAUAAGUAAAUCGAGUAGGAGUAAGAGUCAACCUUUAGAAACAGCCAUGUGAACUUCAACACAAAAUAUCAAAAUUAAAUAUCAUAUUUUUUUAAAUAAAAGAAAACUAUAUGGAAGAAGAAAAUAGUGCUUUAUGUAAAUAUGUGAUAAUUACGUUUUUUUAAUGGACUGUAUAAAGAGUUUAAUAAAAAAAUGUGAUACUAGUUUAACUCGACAUAAAAAAAUAACUAGACCUAUAAUGCUACAAUGAACAACUUAUUUUAAAUAAAUCUUAAUUUUAAUCUUU